AGUACGAAGCCACUCACUGAACCGAAACACUUCCGCACUGCUAAAAUGAACUAAAUCAUUUAGAAGUUGACGGCUGAUAUGGGGUGUUUCCUGUGCUCGUGUUUACAGAGCGAUCGGGUCUUCGUGAUACAAUAUGAUGUAGCCUUAUGCUUUGAAUGACAUUUGUGUCAAAUACGAAGCCAAGUCGGUUUCUUUAUACUAGCAAUUCAGAUCAAAGUGCUUUAAAAUAAUCAUUAGUCGUAGUGAACUACUUGCGAACUGUUCACGAUUGUGAAUAGGCUUGUUGAUCAUUAAGGAGGGAGAAACACGCAGCGUUUGCUGUGCCAGUGACGCAUCAUUAAGGAAGUCCGAGGACACAGAAUCACGGAUGCCGUGUCGUAAGUGCAAGCGAGCCGAGCUGCUGUAAGAUUUGAUGCCGUAACAAAACUACAUUCAGAAAUAGGAACUGCUGGCAGUAUGACUAACAGCUGUGUGGACUCCGACUGUGUAGACUUUGCUACCAUUAUAAAAAAUGAAAUCUUCUUUGAAAUAAAAGAUCCAGCAUAUGAGGAAGAUGCCUUUGCUGGGAGCAAUAAACUCCUCACUAGUAGGAUCCAGAACAAGAACGAACAAUUUCUGGUGCUGGGGAUAGAUGGAGGUGAACGGCUUUUGGAAUUUCGUCCCCUAACUGUGGAGGAGCUUAAAAGUGCAAGCUGUAGAUUCCUGAUCCGACCCUUCAGGAACACAAACCCCUCUUCUGAGUUCCCUAUUACACUGCAAAUACUUUCUGAAGGAAAGACCUGGACUCUCUGGUGCCUUGAUGAAGGUGGAUCCAAGGUUGUUUAUCCGAACCUUCAGGACCCUCCAGACAAGAUUGAGUCCACUAAACACGAAGCACUGUUCUUUCUGAUGAAAAUCAAAGGGCAUCGAGAUUGGUACAGAGUGGCAUCCUCCAUGUGGCCAAGUUUCUUCUUGAGCUUUGAGUGCAAGCCACAAAAACUUGUAAAACUUGUUCUUAAGGAGAAAAAAAAUGAUGACGAGUCACUAAACCUUAAGGUUAGAGAUAUUCAGCGAUGUUCUCAGUAAGCAGUGUGGUUCUGGGAACCAGUCCAGUUUUGUUUAUGGAGUACGCAUUAGUGGUAUGGUAUCUGCUGUCAUCCCCUUAACAUUGUGUUCUAUGGUACUGUACUAUAUUGUACAUGAACAUUUAGGGGUGUGCUUGAACUUUAUUUUGGGGGGGGGUGGUUCUUUUUAAGCAAGAACAAAUUUAAUUUGACCCAAAUUAAGAACAACGGAUUGAUAAGAUGCAUGAGUGGGUGAUGUGUCAUUUUCAGCAGUCUGACAGUCUAAUCUUACAAAUGAAAAUGAUGUAUGAAGAAUUACAAGAUGGCCGCUAACCAACAGAAAACUUUACCUAAUUGAAGUUGGGUUAAUCUGUGAAAUAUGUUUUGUAUUUAAAGCCUGUAAGUCAAUUUUAUUUUCUGUAAUUUUUACCCACCGUUUGCCGUUACUUUAUAUACAGCCCCCAGAAAAAUUGAGACCACC